UAAAUUGGGAUUUUCUCAAUAACUUGGUCUUCAAUCUCUCAUCAACAUUUUGCGCUUCCACAAACAUAAAAUAGGAAGCUCAAUUCAAAUACGAGAUUUAUGCUCCAUCAUCAACACAAUCACACCAGAAACCAUGGCUGGAGGAGGAAAUCUUGGUAACUCUGAUCAGGUGAUGACUCUUCUGGGCAUUACUUUGACAGGAAAACCCAAAUGGUUUCAGUUAAUCAUCUGUGGUGGAGGAUUCUUUUUUGGUUAUUUGGUCAAUGGAGUUUGUGAGGAAUUUGUGUAUAAUAGGCUACAGUUUAGCUAUGGAUGGUAUUUCACCUUUGUACAGGCAUUUGUUUACUUGGGUCUCAUAUAUCUCAAUGGAUUCAGGCCCAAGCAUAUUAUAAAUCCAUGGAAAACAUAUGUAAAGCUAUCAGGGGUCCUGAUGGCAUCACAGGGAUUGACCAAAGGGUCUCUUGAAUUUCUCAAUUAUCCUGCCCAAAUAAUGUUUAAGUCCACAAAGGUCUUGCCAGUGAUGGUCAUGGGAGCCUUCAUACCAGGCCUCAGAAGAAAGUACCCCUUAGAGGAAUAUAUCUCUGCUAUAAUGCUUGUGGUUGGCUUGAUCAUUUUUACACUGGCAGACGCUGAGACAUCCCCAAAUUUCCAUGUAUUGGGAGUUAUCAUGGUCUCUGGCGCUCUGGUUUUUGAUGCCUUUCUGGGCAACCUCCAGGAGGCCAUAUUCACCAUGAAUCCUUCUACAACACAGAUGGAAAUGCUGUUCUGUUCUACUCUGAUGGGGCUUCCAUUCCUGAUUCCGCCCAUGGUUUUGACUGGCGAAGUAUUUGAGGCCUGGAGAGCCUGUUCACAACACCUCUUUGUUUAUCUAGUGCUGAUAUUUGAAGCAAUGGCUACAUUUGUAGGCCAGUUGUCUGUGCUAUGUUUGAUAGCCAUUUUUGGGGCGGCUACAACUGCAAUGGUUACCACCGCUAGGAAGGCGCUUACCUUACUGCUUUCUUAUAUUAUAUUCACCAAGCCACUCACUGAGAAACAUGCAACAGGAUUAUUGCUGAUAGGCAUGGGAAUAAUGCUAAAAAUGUUACCAAAUCCUAUAGUUAAAAUUAACCAAAAACAAAGGUCUAGGGAGGAGAUAGAAUCAAGAGAAGAAAACAAGCCAUUGGUUUCUAAUCAGCCAACUUGAUUGUAAUUGUGUUGCAGUAAGGAACUGUUUCCAAAUAGAAAUCUAAUACAAGCAUUUUCUAUUUAUUUA